AUGCCAAAAAUCUCACGGUACAACCAGCCCAGCAUCACGCCAGAGGGCUGGGAAGAGGUGUUCAUGUGCGCUGAGGUGUCGAGACGCACGUCCACGGUCAUAGCAGCCUGCUGCCUCAAGCUUUACAGUUCCCUGGACAGGGCCUCUGCAGAAAGAUUUGAUGACUGCGACCUGAACAGGACUGCUGUUUCUGGGCUGCUCGCUGUCAGCCGGAUGUCCAGCGACAUGGCUAAGGCCUGCUUCGAAGCGGAGUACCGGCGCUUCGCCCUGAAGCGAUCCGGAGCCGGCGGCUUCCAGGAGUUCUACCGGCUGCUGCAGUCGGUGCACCGGAUCCCCGGCAUCGAUGUGCUGUUGGGCUAUGUGGACGUGCACGGCGACCUGCUGCCCAUCAACAACGACGACAACUACCACAAGGCCCUGUCAUCUGCUGCCCCACUGUUGCGGUUAAUAGUGCAGAAGAGAGAUGAGGAUGAAGCCAUGGUAUUUGCGACCAACUCCCUGCAGAGGAAGAAGAAGGGUCUGCCAGGCCUCCGGCCAACUUUACAGAAGAACAAGCCCACACUGUUGAUCGGGCAUCCCCAGGACUUCCGGCAGAUCUCCUCCAUCAUUGACGUGGACAUCCUGCCUGAGACGCACCGCCGCGUGCGCUUGCACAAGCACGGCUCUGAUAAGCCGUUGGGCUUCUACAUCCGUGAUGGGCUGAGCGUGCGUGUCACUUCACAGGGUGUGGAAAAGGUUCCAGGUGUCUUCAUCUCCCGCGUGGUACGAGGCGGCCUGGCCGAGAGCACGGGGCUGUUGGCCGUCAACGAUGAGAUCCUGGAGGUCAACGGCAUCGAUGUGGCGGGCAAGUCCCUCGAUCAGGUGACGGACAUGAUGGUGGCCAAUAGCCACAACCUGAUAGUGACGGUCAAGCCGGCCAACCAACGCAACAAUGUAGUGCGCGGCAGCAAGGCCUCGGGCAAUAGCUCUGGCUCGGGCUUUUCCCAGGACUCUACUCCCAGCCCCGCCUCACAGUACAUGAACCACUUUGGCAACAGCAGCAUGGCGGAGGGGGAUAGCGACGAAGAUGGGGACCUCAUCCUUGAGAGCGACAGCCUGCCGCCCUAUCUGCCUGCCACCUUCGUCGUCAACGGCAAUGGCAGCCAUGGCGAUGCGUUGGUGGCAGCCGCCACACCAGAGCCCCUCCCCCAGAGUGCCUCCUUACACAGUGGUUCUCUAUCUGACAGCAAAGCUUCGCUUAGCUCCCUCAACACCCCCAACACCCCCACACACAAUGGCAGCCCCAGCAAGGCCAGCAGCAGCCAGGAGAGUAUGCACGAGGACGGCAACAUCAUCACACUGUGAAACCCAACACCAGGGCCCCCCUCCCUACAGCAUGCCACUCCCCUUUUCUAUAGGUGGGAGGAGUUUGGACUGUCAUAAAAAGUCAUGAAGGAACUGGAAGCAAUCUUAAAACCUAUAUAAGCCUCCACACACCCAUAAACAUCUACUCCCUGUUAAAUAAUUGAAUUAAUUCAUUACCCCAACUGAGCUUGUUUAACUACAGAAGACCUGGUUACCUGAUUAAUAAUCCCCGUAACAGCCUGGUGUUGCAUCGUGGCUGCGACAUAGUUUGGUUUGCCCCACAUGCUGGCAAGCCACAUUCCAGACAUGUAAUUGAGUGGAGAGGGGGUGCCAUUUGGAUCGGGAACGGCGUGCCGGGAUCCCGGGAAGACUUUCCAAGGCACUGUGGGGAGCUGGACUAGCCUUAGCGUGUACUAACUGGUUUAGCCACACUGCAGUGGUCCUGCUGGGCAUUUGUGCGGAGCGGAAGUUCUGCGAGGCGCGCCGGCAUCGAUCGCACGCUCUGUGCGAAGCAGACUAUUCACUGGUGGCCAGAUUCCUCUGAAAGCGCGAUACUGGAUCCUGGAUGGAGACUCAUUAGAGCAUUAGUUUGCCAGUCAUUGGGCUGUAGGAGGCCUCACUGCAGGUUCCUACAGGAAACCUCCCCCUAGUUCAUUUAAUCAGGGUAAUGGUACUAUUAGCAUGUUGCUAUUCGGUCUGUGAAGCGCACCGGUGUGGUCGCCUGCUCACUGUUCCUGCCCUCGUCUCUCUGGCUACUUUUCUAAACGUUCUGUAUGUUCCUUUUUAUCCUGUCUUUUUAAAAGCUUCCUUUUUUAUUAUAAAUGUAGAUCUGACCUUUUAGGACACUGUUGUUGGCACCUUCAGUUUCACUUUCAUUUUCAUGUUGCCCUUGGAAAUGUCCUGUAAACAAAAGCCCCACACAUCUGCUCUCGUUGUUUGCAUGCACUGAGGUUUGAGGAACAAUCAGUGGAGCUGAUGUUUUUUUUUAACAUAUUCUUUUUUUUUUCCAUCAAACAAUAAUAAUACUAAUGAUAUUGUGAGAAUGUAGCAUGAAGGAUUUGCCUGAAUACAAUGGGGAGGGAGUGGGAGACCCCCCCCCCCCCAGACUUAGAGGCCUGUAGCUACUAUAGUCACUUUGUUUUAAAUGAUGUUUAGAGGAGGGGGGGGGGAUAUGGCUGGAUCGGUAGGUUACUCACGGUGAAGUUCACGAUCAGAGCCCUAGGUUAUCUGAGACACUCUUGGGUUAAGCAGUUCCACACACGGCCGAAUGGAUUGACUUAGGGGAAACGGUGGUGAUUUUGAUAACCAAGGGUGGGAGAGUCUUGAUUGGAUCAAAAUGUUCUGACCCACAUAGCAGUUUGUUUAAUGUUAGGCUCCACCCCAACCCCGCCCCCCACAUCAUCGAGUUAGUUGAUCAUUUCCUGAUCCAGGUGAUCCAGAACUCUGCUGGUAUAUCUGCUGUUUGCAGUGAAAGGAUAAUGUUCAGUCAGAUGGUGGAAGGAAUGGCCAUCGCACAGUAAACUGACUCAAGGGCUGAACUCUGUCCCUAGUGGUAGUUUGGGGUCAUAUGCGUACAGUAACCUGGGUGUCACACGAACCCGGUUCUCUUCAUUCAUCCCCGCCAGACCCCCUCAUGCAAUGAAGGAGUGAUGUCGUCUCAUUGUCUUGUAAAGCUGGGCAGGUAGGAUAUCUCACACCUAUAGGUAUAUCUAAUCAUAAGAUUGUUUUCAUUAGUGAAUCUUAUGAAAUCACGUUAGAAGCCAGUCUUGUUCAUUCGGACACCCUUUCAAAGGCAUCGUCUGACCCACUCGUCCCAUUGGCCUUCUAGAAUGUUCCACUUUCAUCAUGGAGACGUUCUUCUCUGAGGCACAGCGUGUGCCAUUUCCGGACCCCACGUCACACCGGCCACUGUAUAUUUAACAUGAUUUAUAAAUAAUCUCCCCAGUCACUCUUUUAAUACGAGCACAUCACAUUCCAGAUUACCACGUUUUUUUUUGGGGGGAGGUGAAGAAUUCCAAGUGGAUAUAAUUAUCUUAGGGAUUAUGUUUAGGAUCUGGAACGAGCAUGGCUGAGGGGCGUCUUAAAGCUCUUGAAGUCUUUUACUCGCGUAUACAUGGCGUUUUACUGACACAUUUUUGUUUUAUGCUUAAUAUUUCUGCCAUCUGAAAAUACAUGGCAGGAAGGAAAUGCAAAUAUUGGAGGUUGGUUCCCGGGCAGACCGUGAACCUCAGAGUGUUUGUGUUUCUAGGCCUAGUGCAUCUCUGAGGGGAAAAUUCCUGUCAUGUUUGAAAAGCUCAGUACAUGGAUCACGAAUGCCAUGGGCUGUCUGCUCAGACAGCGUUACGAUAACAGCUGUGUGAGAGACAGGGGUGUGGCCGUUAUGCAUGAAUUUGGACAGGGCCUGCGCCUCUCUGCUUUUUAGGCCGUAGGUCAUGAUUUUGGCAUUUUAACAGUUUGGAGGCUGGAGUUUCUGAGGAACCUGUGAAGUUCACUUGCAAGAGCCCCCGUUUGCUGUUUACUACAGUGGCUAUAACAUAGGGUUAAAUAACAUGUAUGAACGCUGCAUAACAGUAUACUUCAAUUUUUAUAUUCUUUUUUGAGGUUGAUUCUGCAGUCUGAUCUCUUUCGAUUUAUGUUAGUCCCAUUUGCCCUAAAGGUUAGAGGUCAAAGGUUAAAGGUGACUGCAGGGUACGUGAGGUCAGAGAUGAAAUGCUAAGGAAAGACAGGUACAGUAAGUACACCAGAGUGAAAUGCCAUGGUGAAGAAACAGAUUUGCGGAUGAAUUGCUGGAUUCACUAAUGGGAAAUGACUGCACACAUCAAACUUUCUAGUAUCAGAUAGAAAUACCAGUUAUAUGAACUUGCACAUCAACUAACGACCCAUGUUUUCUACUGAUCUCAUCACUAGAGUGCUUAGAAAAUAAAGGGAGGUUUUUUUUAAGAAAAAUAUAUAUAUAUCUGGGGGGGAUUUUUGUAGGGAUGUUUUUUUAUAUCUGUACAAAAAACACGGACAGUAUUUUUCAUACUCUUGUACUUCUAUUUGUAUAUGAGAAUCCACAAGAUGACAUUCGCUUCAUACUUCUUUGUCUACUAGGAAGCAGAAAUAAGAGAAAGUUAUUUAUAUUAUUUAAUGAAUCUUUAAUGAAGGGUUUGGGUGUACAAUGCUGUGAAUGUUACAUAAAUGUAUGCUGAUUAGAGAACACUAUAAUUUAAAGACAAUAAACUAUUUUAAAAAAGUU